AUGGAUUUCAAGAACUUUGGCAAGAACAUUACUUCCUUCGGGGCCUCCAUUACCCCCUUCGCCUCUCGUACCUUUCAGUACACCAAGGAGCAGCUCGGUCAAGCCGAGGACAAGACCCAGCUCCCUCCCGACUACAUCGACCUCGAGAAGCGAGUUGAUGCUCUCAAGCAGGUCCAUCAGAAGAUGUUGGCUGUGACCUCACAAUAUUCGAACGAGGCCUAUGAUUACCCUCCCAACAUCAAGGAGACCUUCCAGGAUCUCGGUCGCACCGUCAGCGAGAAGGUCACUCUCCUUUCUUCCGCCGCCUCUCCCGCUGAGGCCCAGGCCGCCCUGACUGCCCCUCCCACCGCGAAGCCCCAGCCCAAGACCUUCAACCAUGCCAUCGCCAGAGCCAGUCUGUCUAGCAGCCAGGUGUUGCACCAGCAGCACACUGGUGCAGGAGAGGACCCCUUGGCUACGGCCCUCGAGAAGUAUGCCUUGGCCAUGGAGCGCGUCGGCGAGGCCCGCAUGGCCCAGGAUGCCCAGAUCCAGAGCCGGUUCCUUGCUGGCUGGAACACCACCCUAAACACCAACCUCAAGUUCGCUACUCGUGCCCGCCAAAACGUCGAGAAGUCGCGCUUGACCCUUGAUGCCGUCAAGGCCCGCGCCCACGGUACCACCUGGAAGAUUGGCCCCGGUUCUCCCCGUCCGGACGAGCCUCAGUCUCAGGAGCUGAGCCCCGAGGCGCAGGAAGAGAUCGAGAAGGCCGAGGACGAGUUCGUCACGCAGACUGAGGAGGCUGUCGGCGUCAUGAAGAACGUCCUUGAUACCCCUGAGCCCCUUCGCAACCUUGCCGACCUGAUUGCUGCUCAGAUCGAGUACCACAAGAGGGCUUACGAGAUCCUGAGCGAGCUUGCUCCCGUUGUGGAUGGUCUGCAGGUUGAGCAAGAGGUUAGUCGCGCCUCGACCUUCGAUGUUUAA